AUGACCGCAAUAUCCUCUACUCCUGCCUCAGACUCCGAGAACCAAAAUGUGAGCCAAGCAAGCGAAGACUACCUCCAUCAACCUAACGAAAAGGAUCACUCGAGUGAUUCGGGUGCGAGCGACGAUGUACGCAAAAUCACGGGCUAUCGAUGGUUCCUAAUUUGCGCUGCUCUUUACCUCUCAGCAUUGAUAUACGGACUAGAUACAACGAUUGCUGCGGACGUUCAAGGAGCGGUAAUUCAGAGGUUUGGCCAAGUCGACCAACUCGCCUGGAUUGGGGCCGGGUUCCCUCUUGGAUCGGUCGCUGUUAUUCUGCCCUACGGAUUUCUUUUCACUACCUUCAAUAUGAAAUGGCUCUACAUUGCCGGGAUUGUGUUAUUUCAGGGCGGAUCUGCUCUCUGUGGUGGAGCUCCGAACAUGGGUGCCCUGAUUGUCGGACGUGUGAUUGCUGGUGCCGGAGGAACUGGCAUCUAUCUAGGAGGACUGAACCACUUAUCCGCCAUGACGACUCGAAAUGAGCGUGGGGCGUAUCUCGCUGGCACCGGGUUUGUCUGGGGCUUGGGAGCGAUCCUGGGCCCUGUGGUUGGUGGUGGGUUUUCGGAUUCAUCUGCCACUUGGCGAUGGGGAUUCUACAUUAAUCUUAUCAUCGGUGCUAUCACAGCCCCUGUCUAUCUGUUCUACCUUCCAGCCAUUCAUCCAGCUCCUGGAAGACCACUUAAAGAUCGCCUGCUUAGUCUGGACUAUGUUGGGUUCGUGCUCAGCGCAGCGAUGUGGGCGACCUUUGCGAUGGGCUUCAUCUUUGCCGGUGGUAUCUGGCAGUGGAAUAACGGUCGUACUAUUGCAAUGAUUGUGGUAUGGGGGGUUAUGCUUGCCCUUUACGCAUUACAGCAGACCUUCUGUAUCUUUACCACCCCCGAACAUAGGUCAUUCCCCGGACAUCUGCUCAGAUCUCGAACCCAAAUCUUGUUCUAUGUCACCACCACCUGCGCCAACACCUGCAUGUUCUUCACCACAUUCUACAUACCGAUCUACUUCCAGUUCACUCGGAACGACUCAUCCCUCAUGGCCGCAGUGCGACUUCUUCCUUACCUCCUGUUCACCAUCGCGUUCAACCUUGCUUCCGGCGCGGCCCUUCCCAAGAUAAAGUACUACAUGCCUAUGUGUCUCGUGUCCGGUGUCCUCAUGACUAUAGCUGGUGCGUUGUUCGUGGGAUAUCUUUCCCCUUCGACGCCAACGGGCCAGAUCUACGGUUUCAGUAUCUUGAUGGGAGUUGGGACCGGAAUCACCAUGCAGCUGGGCUACUCCGUGGGCAGCUUAAAAGUCAAACCAACCGACGCCCUCAGCGCUAUCAACCUACAGAAUGUUGCACAGAUUGGAGCCACAGUCAUCUGUCUUGUCAUUGCCAGCCAAGCGUUCCAAUCAAACGCCAUUAGAAACUUGGAUCAUGUUUUGGCAGGCCAGGGAUUCAGUCAAUCGGAAAUUCAAAGUGCUGUUGCUGGAUCACAGAGCACGCUGUUUGAGCAGCUCAGUGGUGACUUACGGAAUGCCGCUAUUGAAGCAAUCACAUCAGCGAUGGCAAGGGCCUUUGUCAUUCCACUUGUAGCUGGCGCAUUAGGGCUUGUUUGCUCUCUGUUGAUGAGUCGGGAGAGACUGUUUGGAUAA